UUCUCGGCGAUCGCUACGGUGCGUGCGCGCUAACUGGGCCCUCGCGUUACACCGCGGAUUUCGGCCUCGCACGAGCCGCGUUCUCACCUACCUAAAGCGGAAUCGCCUCGUCGUCGGCUACGGCCGCGGAGGCCCAAACCCGGCCGAGGAAAUGUACGUCAGCGGUGGCGCGGUGGUACGCGGGUAGCCGCGGCACGAGGACUACCCAGCGCUCGGCCGUGACGAGCGAGCGAGAGAGAGAAAGAGGGAGUGAGAGAAAGAGAGAGAGACAGCGAGCGAGCGAGCACGAAAGGGAAGACGCGCCCGUCGUACGUGCGCAUCAAUGGCGGCCGGACCCUUAUUUACCGAAGUCCCAAAAUGGCCGCCCUUCGAAUUUUCACACGCGUCGGCCCCGCAGCGAUCCUGAGCCCCGGUCGAUCGCUGAGCGGCGCGAUCGCGCCCAUUGUCGAUCAGAUUCAAUGCAGAUGGAGCAGUUACAAAUCGUCUCCUUGGUACACAAAACCUGAGAAUUACACGGAUUAUGAGAUAACAAAAGAUCCAAACGAAUGGAAAUAUGUAGAGCGUCUAUUACCAUACAAAACAAUACCUAAACCACCCACUGGAGAUGUCAAGCUGCCAUCUGGUUGGAAACCACCGCGUGCUUCACCGACAGAUUAUCCGUAUUUCAUAGAACGCUCGCCAAGUUAUCAGUAUCCCGUGUAUCUAAAAAGAAAGUACAAUGGAAUGUUAAAAAUUACAACAGUUCGCAGAAUUCAGGGAGACAUAUGGGCAUUAGAGCGUGACCUAAGGUCCUAUGUGGAACAAUACUCCGAUAGAGUUAUCGGUACUCAAAUACACGAGUUUUCAAGUAAAAUUAAAUUCAGAGGUGAUCAUGUGUCUCGCAUUAAGCAAUGGAUGGAAAUGAAAGGGUUCUAAGAGCCUUUAUGUUUGACAAAUAAAUUAUUGUCUACUGUAAAUAUAAGGGAAUCAACGAAUUCUUGUUGUUAAAUAUAUUGUAGUACCUUCAA